AUGUGGUGCCCGCGCAAGAAAACAUACACUUCCCAACCAAGCAUUCACACCAUUGAGGAAAUCGAGCUAGGACUCGGUGAUAUUGGCCGUGGCGCUGAUUUCCCAUUGUCAAGGAGCCGUGGCGGAUCGCACUCCUCCAAGCGCGGCCUCGACAUUACCAGCCCCAUCGCUUAUUCUCAUUUGCGUGCUUCUCUUGGGGAAGUGGCUCGACAGCAGCAUCUUGAGAACUACCGGUGCAAAAACGACUACUACGACGAACAUCCGACUUAUACCAUGACCGAGAAGCCUGGCCAGGAGAAGCACCAUCAAGGUGCCAAGGCGGUUGUUGCCCCGUCACUCGACGGCAAAACCAACAAGGAGAUGUCUAAGGCCGUUGAGAAUGGAAAGAUAUCAGUCCCCAUUGUCGAUGCUUCGCUCACUUUUCAAGAUUGGUCUGGAAGCACGGACUGGCCUACUGGCACCGUUCAGGGUAGGGACAUCCAUCCCACUCAUACGGAUGGAAUUCCGAAGCCCCCUGCUUUUCAUCAUAACUGGACUCGUCCCAAUCUGAGGGCUGCCCAGGGAUACAGGGACCCUUCCACUCUUAUCACUGCAGCCACUUACAAUGGUGUUCCAAUCGGAUCUCGUACUCGUCCCAUCGACUUUUCCAAGCCUAAAAAGCAGAUUUCACCUGAGAAAUAUGGCGCUGAAUGCUCAAACAAUGAUAUUAAUUCUGAAAAGUCUUAUGAUGGUCAUCACGAUGAGAGUAGUGGCACCCAGCUCCAGGGCACUGGCGAGCAGCCUCUCCACAUGCCUGAGCAGAAGAAGGGAGAAUACGACCUUACAUCCUCGGAGGAAGCCCGGAUCCGUGACUACUUCAAACACCCCCAGGAUUUUGAUGAGAAGUAUGGCCUGGAGGUUCGCCACCUGGUUCGAAAGCACCUUCAUAACCUGGAACAUAUGUUUGAGGAAUCCGAGAAACAACGCGAGAGAGAGUGCUCGUAUGCUUGGCUCCCUCCGAAGCCGGUCGAGCCCGACUCUGUUAGUAUCAAGGCGGUCAGCGCCUCUUCUGUCAGGCUGUCCCAUAGCCCCACUGUCUGCAGCUCCAAGGCCGAACUGGUCGACCUGGACAGCCAAAGUGAGGAGCAGUCUGUGAAUGAGCUGAGCCUCAAGAUGGCCGAGCUGGAUGCCAACGACAAGGGGAAGCAUGCUGCUACCAAAAACAACGCUCAGAGCCUAUCCGAUUCGUCGUCCGCUUACGAUGACAGAAAGUGGAACGAGAAGCUGGAUCUCUAUCGUGCGUCCUCCGUCUACGAUGAUGACGGAAUGGGAGGCUUUGGAAGUCGCGACAACCGCUAUGCUAGCACCUAUGGCUCUGGUAACUACCCAGGCUACAAUGGCAAUGGGUAUGCUGCUGGACCAAACCCUUAUUUUGACGGCAACAACAAUCCCUUUUUUGAGAACGGUGCUGGGCAUUCCAACGUCAGCUACGGUACUAGAAACGACAACAACCUUGCCGACAACAACGGCCAGGGUGCUUCGGGAUACAUGACUUGGGCUUACGAGACUUACGAGAUGGCUUGCUGCGAUGAUGGUAGCUACGAGAGCACUUACGUUAACCGUGGAAAUGGUGCUACGGAGCACACCACUCAGCCUCCUGCUCAGCCGUAUGCUCAGAAGGCGGCCCAAAAGGUCCAAGGAAACUACCCCUGGCAGUGGAUUUAA